CGGGCCAAACACAACAUGAACCCACUGCUGCCGUUCGAGGCUGAUCGGCUAGAAAACGGCUGGAAGCGCCGCCGGCGCGCCGGCGGACGACGGGUAAAAUUAGGCCCUGCCGGCGACGAGGGCAGCGCCUGGGUGCGUGGCGGGCGUGCAGUGCUGCUACACCAGGGCUCCCGUGAACACCUCCCGAAGCCGAAGCCAUCAGCCAUGGAGGAACUGGACAAGGACCAAAUCGCCAUGCUCAAGAAGGCGUUCGAUGGUUUCGACCACGAGAAGAAAGGCGCCAUCAACACCGACAUGGUGGGCACCAUACUGCGGAUGAUGGGUCAAGCAUACAACGCCCAGACACUCAAGGAACUCAUCGAAGAGGUGGACGCCGACAAGUCCGGCAUGCUGGAGUUCGACGAGUUCGUCACGCUGGCGGCCAAGUUCAUCAUUGAGGACGACGCUGAAGCUAUGGCGAAGGAGUUGAAGGAGGCGUUCCGUCUCUAUGACAAAGCCGGGAACGGUUACAUCCCCACGUCAUCUCUGAAAGAGAUUCUGAAGGAGCUGGACGACACCCUGAACCCGGAGGACCUCGACAAUAUCAUCGGCGAGAUCGACACGGACAACUCGGGAACCGUUGACUUUGACGAGUUCAUGGAGAUGAUGACGGGCUGAGCAGGCGCCGGCGGUUGACGGACGCCUGGCCCCACAGAGUUCAUGGAGAUGAUGACGGGCUGAGCAGGCGCCGAACACUCGGCGCAGUGCUGUCGGCCGUCACACACGCCCGUUGCAGCACCGCGGCGCCGCCGCGUCCGGCCGCACCGGCCGCUCCGGUCGCCGCCCACCCCCACGUGACGUCACGACCUGCACUCAGCGGUGAUGUUACAGGGGACCACACCGCCACCAUCGCGGUGCAGAUUUCCAUUGGAUCGAUGGUACUAGUAGUGAGAAUAAACUAUUAUUUUGGC